CAUCGACGAGCCGAAGCGGGGACAGUCAGCCGGCAGCCGCUUCGACUCGCCCCCGAAACGAAAGAAUAAGUGGCCAGGUGGGUACGGACGGAAAGACCCAGGCGCAGGAGAGUAGGCAGUAGGCAGGCCCCUUUUCGGGCGGGACACGGGCACGGGACAGAGACACAAGACGGAAGUCGGCAGUCGUCGGCUUUCUCUGGCGCGGGUCACAUCUCUUCAUAACAGCGCCCAGGUUCUCUAGCAAAGCCAUCUCAACAUGGACCCACCCCGGCAGCCGACGUCCCUGAAGAAAGUAAAAUGUCCCGCUUGUUCCAAGGCAUUCCGGUACAGAAGUCAGCUCAGUAUGCACAUGAGGACGCACACUGGCGAGCGGCCCUUCCAGUGCACUGUGUGCCAGAAGGCAUUCACACACGAAGUUGCCUUGACCCUGCACGUCCGGAGUGUACACCAAAAUGAUAAGACGUUCAGAUGUGCAUUUUGUGCGAAAUGGUUCGGGCAGGCUACUCACCUUGUGAUACACCUCCGAACGCACACGGGCGAGAAGCCCUGCAAGUGUUCGCACUGCCCGAAAGCGUUCGCCGACCCCAGCGCCCUGAGGGUUCACCUUAGGUUCCACACCGGCGAACGGCCGUUCAAGUGCACGCUCUGCGACAAGACCUUCCACCUGGGGCACCACCUUAGGCACCACAUCCGGACGCACACCGGCGAGAAGCCCUGCAAGUGCGAGCACUGCCCCAUGGCCUUCGCCGACCCGGCCGCCCUCGCCCGCCACAAGACGAUCCACCAAGAGGUAAAAGGGUUGAAGUGCACCGUGUGCCAAAAGGAGUUCAGGCUGGUCGCCGACAUGAACAAGCACCUCAAGAACCACACUGGCGAGAAGCCGCACCAGUGCACGGUCUGCAGGAAGCGGUUCAAGAGCGGGUGUGCCCUCAAAGAGCACCUGUUCUACCACCACGCCGACAGUGGUCCCUACGAGUGCAGCCGCUGUCAUAAGUUCUUUCGGUUCCCGAGCCACCUCAUCAGCCACCUCGCCCAACACGUUUGCACUCCGCCCUUCGGGUGCCCGCUGUGCCACAAACCCCAGGGCGACAAGCGCGUCCUGUACCACCACCUCAAGGAGCACGUCCCCCUCAAGGCCGAGCAGCCGCCGUACCAAACACAGCCACCUCCGACCCCUUUCCUCUGCACCGAGUGCGGCGGGACGUUCCGGAGGCGCGAGCGGCUCCUGCAGCACCUGUGGACUCACAUCCGGACGUUCCGUGAAAGAAGUGACCUAAAGGUCCACAUGAGGACGCACACUGGCGAGCGGCCCUUCCAGUGCACCGAGUGCCUAAAGGCAUUCACACAGGAAGGUGCCUUGAACUUGCACGUCCGGACAGUACAUUUAAAUGAAAAGACCUUCAGAUGUGCAUUUUGUGCAAAAUGGUUCGGGCAGGCUGGGGCCCUUAAGUUGCACCUCCGAACGCACACGGGCGAGAAGCCCUGCAAGUGUUCGCACUGCCCGAAAGCGUUCGCCGACCCCAGCGCCCUGAGGCAUGUGGUCAGCGCGCUGCCGUCGCUGUCAGCGCUGCGGCGCCUCCAGUUCGAUGACAACAACGCAAGGAAACCAGACGAGCUUCUGCUGGCGAUCAGCCCCGACGUGGCGCCGGCGCUGCGGACAGUUGAGGUGACUCUGUUUGAGUACUGCGUUCACUCCUGGCUCCACGGGGACACGGUCAAGACUGUUAUGGCGGUGAACCCCUCACUCCAUAUCAAAUUCGACCCCUUAUUGAAACUCGUCUGUGCAUUUAAAAUGAAGCAUCCAAGUCGGUCCGGAACCCCUCACAAGAAGUACGAGUGUGCCAUUUGCUACAAGGCCUUCCCGAUGAGAUGCACCCUAGAAGCCCACAUGAGGGUGCACACUGGCGAGCGGCCCUACCAGUGCACCGUGUGUCAGAAGGCAUUUAAAGACCGCAGCGCAUUAAGUGUUCACUUCCGCGCAGUACACUUGAAAGAAAAGCCGUUUAGGUGUGCAAUCUGUGGGAAAUGUUGGGGAGAUGCUGCGGGACUUAAGGUGCAUCUUCGAACGCACACGGGUGAAAAGCCCUUCAAGUGUCCGCACUGCCCGAAGGCUUUCACCCAGAGCAGCGCGCAGAGGGUUCACCUCAGGACCCACACCGGUGAACAGCCGUUCAAGUGCACAUUCUGCGACAAGGCUUUUAGCCAAUGGACCAACCUCUUGCGCCACAUCCGGACACACACCGGUGAGAAGCCCUGCAAGUGCGAGCACUGCCCCAUGGCCUUCGCGGACCCGGCCGCCCUCAUCCGCCACAAGACGAUCCACCAGGAAAAAAGGGAGUUCAAGUGCACCGUGUGCCAAAGGGAAUUCAGGCUGGUCGCCAAGUUGAACAACCACCUCAAGACCCACACUGGCGAGAAACCCCACCAGUGCACGGUCUGCAAGAAGCGGUUCAAGAGCGGCUGUGAGCUCAAAGCUCACCUGUUCUUCCACCACGCCGACAGUGGCCCCUACGAGUGCAGCCUCUGCAACAAGUUCUUGCGGUUCCCGAGCUACCUCAUCAACCACCUCCGCGACCACGCGGGUCCGUCUUUUCGGUGCCCGCUGUGCCACAAACCCCAAGGCGACAGCAGGCGGGCCAUGUACCGCCACCUCAAGGAGGAGCACGUCCCCCUCAAGGCUGUGGCGCCGCCUUACCGAACACCACGCGAGACCUCCCCGCCGGCCGCGUUCCUCUGCACCGAGUGCGGCGGGACGUUUCGGCAGCGCGCGUGGCUCCUGCAGCACCUGUGGACCCACAUCCGGUCGGGGCGGGGCCGCGGCGGGCCGUGA